UGUCGUUCUGGUCUGAGAGCGGAAAUGGAAUCGGCGGCGGAGGAGAUUCGCUCCGACUUGGCGCAGUUCGCCGCUAUGAUAGUCGGCGACUACGUGAAGCGAGCGUCGGAGAGCGGAGAAGGGGCGGCGGCUAGGCUGGAGGAGUCGGUGAGGAUCUUGGAGCGGGAGAGGCGGAAGAUCGCGGGCUUCAAGAGGGAGCUGCCUCAGUGCAUGAAUCUGCUCGCCGAUGUGAUUGUUGGGUUAGAGAAGGAGCUCGAGCGAUGGAGAGGCGAUAAGUUCGUGCGCGUGUUUGGGGGGUACAUCCCCGUUAAGAGAAGAUUCGAAGAGGUGGACAAGGGGGUUGAUCCGGUGAGAGGCGUCGAGAUGACGAACUGGAAGAGAUCUGCUCCACGCUGGGGCAGCAGUCCCGGCAGCAGCAAUCGGUGGAACGGGGAGAAUGCGGGGAUUGUUGUGAAAGAGGAUGGUCGAGAGUUCGAUUUCCAGAUGAAGCCGAGAAUGUUCUGCUACGGCGGCGGCGGGGGAGGCGACGCAUUCGUAGCUUUCCGAAGCCCAUCCUCCAUAGCUGCGAACUACAAUCAGGAGAGGCCGAGAUUUCCAGGUCUAUUCGACCAUGCCCCUGCUAUGAACAGGGGGGGCUUUAUUCUCCCUCCCAUCACCGACGGUUACCGCCAAACUAGAAUAUCUCCGGCGUUGCCGAACAAUCACCGCAUCUCGCAUGUGCAACAGCAGGAACCGAGAAAAGCAAGGCUCUGCUGGUCGCCGGAUCUGCACCGACGGUUCCUUUCCGCUCUCGAUCAGCUCGGCGGCGCACGAGUGGCAACUCCUAAGCAAAUCAGAGAAGUGAUGAAGGUGGAUGGUCUCUCCAACGAUGAAGUGAAAAGCCAUUUGCAGAAAUAUCGGUUACAAACCAAAAAACCAGAUCCUACUCCAAUGGCACAAGCUGAAUCGAUCGCAGAAGAGCAGCAGAGUGGCCCAUCAGAUCCAACUUCUUCUCGAUCCGCCUCACCCCAUUCCUCUUCAUCAAACUGAACUAUGCUUGCGAUAAUUACAUUACUGCUACAAAUUAAUGCUUUGGCAUGCAAUAAGUUUCAACUGUCAACAGCUGUAAUUUUUAAUUCAUGAGGCUUUUUUGGCAUUUUGUUUGUGCGACUUUUGCAAGUUGUACAAUGAGUGGUAGAGUUUUUUUUUUUUGUGAUCUCUAAUGGA